AUGGCUCCUGAUCUUCCAGACCCUGAGGAGCUCCCGGUUGCUUGCAGGGACGCUAUGAUUGGAUACUCGGACCAUGUGAAGAGGUUAGGUGGUUUGAUCUUUGAACUUGUAUCAGAAGCUCUUGGUUUGAGCCCUGAGACCCUUAAGAGGAUGGACUGCGCCAAGGAUCAAGUCGGUGGUCUUCAAGUUCUUCAUCAAGACUGUUGGGUCGAUGUAACGCCUAUUCCCAGGGCUCUUAUCAUCAACUUCGGAGACUUUUUGCAGAUGAUGACUAACAAUAAGUUCAUAAGUGUGAACCAUAGUGUGCUUGCGAACAGAGUUGGGCCGAGGAUAUCAGUCGCGUGCUUUUUCUGCUAUCCUACGAAUCUAAACUCAACAGCUUAA